AUGAUGCCAUUACUAUUCAUUCUCUCAGUGUCACUGACAACCAUAUUCGGGACAAUGCAUGGAAAUUUAACUAAACUACAUCGGCACCUGAUGGCAAAUUAUAGUCCAGAAUUCCGUCCUGCGUUAAACCUCUCAGAACCAACAACGGUGAAUAUCAAGUUUUAUCCAUUCUCGUUGAAGGAGUUCGAAGAAAAGACCAGCAAGCUUUCUAUAGUUGGAGUAUUUGUAAUCGAGUGGCAUGACUUUCAGUUGAAAUGGAACCCGGAUGAGUUUGGUGACCUAAAUCGUAUGCUGAUUUCACAAAACACUUUAUGGAAACCAGAUAUCUUACUAAUGAAUCCGUUCGAGAAAAUUGAACCUCCAGGCUUUGACAGGCUAAAGAUCCUUGUUCUUAAUGAUGGAUCCGUAUCCUGGGCCCCUCCAGAUGUCUUUGAGGUCUCGUGUGCAGCUGAUAUCACAUAUUAUCCAUUUGAUCAGCAUACAUGUUUAUUUCAUUUUAGCAUUUACAUGUAUAACAUAUUCGAGGUGUUGAUAAAACCAGACUACUAUGAGAUAACUUUGGAUUAUUAUUCACCAAACAGUCUUUGGAAAAUGAAAUUUGCAAGUAGUCGUGUACUCACACACACUGACUCCCAGAUACUGGUACUGAAGAUGAUUUUCCAGCGACGACCAAUGUUUCAAGUUAUCAAUACAAUAUUACCGUUCUGUUUUUUGGGGUUUUUGAAUAUCAUGGUAUUUCUUCUUCCGACUGAGUCCGGUGAACGUGUUGGAUUUUCCGUUACCGUUCUGCUAGCUAUUGCUGUGUUUAUGACUAUCGUGGCUGACACUCUGCCUGGAACCAGUGAGCCUUCAUUCCCUCGAUUGUGUUAUCUUUUGGUGGCAGAGCUUGGUAUCAAUAUGCUUGUGACGAUUUGUACUAUAUUAGUGUUAAGACUGCAUCAUAAACCCCAGCACCAGAAGAUUCCAUCUUGGUUGGCGUACAUUAUAGGUAAAAGUGUUCGUUGUAACGCUAAAAUGGGAAAAGGACACAAACUAGAUCUCAUAAAUGAAAGCAGCAUUUGUCUUGAAACCACCGUGUCAACGAUUUCAGAAUCGGGAAAAGGAAACAAAAAGGACCUCGAAUUGAACAUCGAUUUAACUCCCAGUGGAAACGGUGUGACACAAACUCAAAGAAAACAUGUUUGCUGCAAAACGUCAUGGCAGGAUGUCGCAAAAUUUCUCGAUUUAUUUUUCUUUAUUUUGUUCAUGAUAUUUUUCGGAACAAGCAAGAUAGCCGCGUAUUUUGCAUUUGCAUAAAAAGACACAUAUCUUAACUGUUAAAUAUAUAAACUGACUAAUCCCUAACUAACCCCACAUUAUCUCAACAAUCCUAUGAUUAAUUUGGUAUUUCCAUGUGAUAUUGGUUAAUUGUUAGUUAACUCAUUAUUCUAAAAAUCGCUAUUAGAAACGAAUCGGUGGGUUUCGAACGAAUUUGCUCUAAAGCAUCCUUGUAUGAAAGGAUGAAGAGGGACAAAAAAAUACUAAACUACAAUUAAAGAUUACCGCCAAAUGGAGGCUUCUGAUUGACCAAAAUUUCAAUAAUGUGUGAUUUUGAUGAAAAUGUAUGUACAUUUGUGUUUUGUUAUACAAUUCAAUGGCAGUGUCAAUUUGAUGAAAAAACCAGAGAGCUGUCAUUCAUUUCCCUCUGAUUAGCUGAAAUCAUAUCCAGUUAUAACUUUUGUUCUAUUUGAUGACGAUCAAAAUGAAACUUGAUGGGAGGGAUAAUAACAUGACAAUGUUAAUUUUAAACAAAAAAUACUUGCAUAUCCCAUCCCGAUUCUAUUUUAACAUCCAGCAAUUUGAUUCUUUGACAGAUUUUCAUCAAUCUUUUAACAUAUAUAUAUUGGUAAUGAGAUAAUGGUGCAAAGUUAUGUACUUUUUAGUGGAUUUAAAAAUGUUAACGGCUUUGAAAAGAAUUUUAGUUUCAGACUUGCUAUACUGUUGUAAAAACGUUCUCUUAAAGGUUUUAGAUCAAGUCUUUCCAAUAAAAUAUGUUUAACUGUAAACGGUUCGUUACAUGCGAUGUACUUGGGCUGUUCCUCACACUUCAGCAAGUAUGAAUGCGUUAAAUAUGUUCGAUUUAAUUGAGUGUAUUUUAUUGUCUACAUAUUAACUCCAUGCAUUUUGUCACUGUGAUAAUAAAAAAAUAGUUAUAAAAGUCCGCGAACGUAUAAAAUGAAUGUGAUGUUUGAAUUUCUGCUUAGAAAGAUGUGUCCAUUAAUCGACUUUUCUUAAUGUUUAUGUAACUAUUGUCAUAUCUUGUGUUAACGACGGACGGACUUCUGAUACAGUUCAUGAUUUUGCAUAUAUUUCCAAUAUUAGUUUUUAAAUGUUUAUUGUUUAAGAAAUAUUUGUUUGACGGUAUACGGUUCUUUACACUGAGACAGGUCUUCGCGCCUCAAUAAGUAAGAAUGCGUUCUAUAUAUGUCAUCUUAAUGCCGGAAAGGACAACCUUGUCUCGGCAGCUGUCUCUAUA